GAUGUGACUGAAAGUUCCAGGCGCCAGAAGACGGACACAGAAGACAGCAGCAAUGUGAAUGAACUAGCUCUGGAGAUAGUUAAGCGUGCCAUUGCUGCUGCUAUUAAGUUUGUGGAAGAAACUAAAAACCCCAUCAAGAACAUCCAGUGGCUCACCCAUGGUGAAUUCACAGCAGAGAAAGGCCGUAGACAAAUUGAGAAGUUUGUUUUGACUUGGGAGUAUCAAGAACGCUGGGUGCACCACACACAGUUCAUAGAGAGGAAAGACGUGGUUCACAGCUACUACUACCUCUACUGCGUACGCUGGAGCAUCCCGACCGCUAUGAGACCCAUGCUACAAGUCUCCGCCUCUGCCUACUUCACCGUCAAGAUCACCAAAAACAAACCUCCAGAUAUGCCCAUUGAGGUCUCUUACGUCUUUGAGGGCCAUUCGUUAGUUCACAGACCAGGAAUGACUCGCUUUCGAGAAAAAUGGCUGAGGGACAUUACUGAGGCCAAAAGUAUUUUAAUGGAGUCAAUUGCCUUCUAA